AUGUGGCUGCAUCCUGAAACUAUGAUCAAGCUUGGUAACGAGUUCUUUCAAAAGAAGGAAUUCGACUAGGCCAUCAACUGGUAUCAAUAGUCGAUAAACAAAAAAAUACGCAAUUUGUGGAGGGGUACUACAAUUUAGGCUUGGUCUAUAUGUACCGUAAGAAAUUUGAUGAAGCUAUCAAUUACUUCAAACAAUCCUUAGAAUUUGAGGCCAAGCUUUCCUGAAGCCUUGUGUAGCAUGGGAAUUGCAUUGUACAACCUCAAUCAAUAUGAAAAAGCCCUCAACUAUUUGGAUCAAGCCCUCAAGCAUCGCCAAUCCUACCCAAACCCAUUGAAGUACAAGGGCGAUACAAUUAGGAAGAUGGGCAAUUUACAAGAAGCAGUCAAUUAGUAUAAAUAAGCAAUAUCGCUGAAACCUGACUUUUACUAGGCGCAUAAAGCCCUUGGAGAUACCUACAGAAAAUUGAAAGAAUACAAAUUCUCAAUCUAAUCCUACGAUAAUGCACUAGAAUAUAAUUAAAAAUAUGCUGAAGUCUUCAAAAAAAAAGCAGAUUCCUUGAGGAACCUUGGCAUUUUUGAAGAAUCCCUUGAAAAUUAUACGAAAGCAAUAGAGAUAAGACAAAACUAUCCAAAGGCUUAUAACGACGCAGGGUUGCUAUUUAUUUAGAAUACAAAGUACAAAGAAGGAGUGGAGUAUUUUUAGAAGGCUGUCUAAUUGAAACAAGAUUAUAAGGAUGCUUAUAAUAAUUUGGGUGUUUGUUACUAUCAUCUGCUACAAUAUCAAGAUGCCAUCACCUAAUUCGACACAGCUCUCCAAAUACAAGUAGGUUUUGCCAUCCCUAUGUUAAACAAGGCAUCGACAUUGCUGAGAAUGAAGAAGUAUGACGAAGCAAACAAGUGCUUUGAUUAGGUGAUGAAGCAUCAACCUAAGAACGUUCAGGUCUUAUUGGGUAAAGGGAUCUCUCUAUAUGAGACUAAGAAGUAUGAGCAAGCUGCUUUGUUGUUGAGUCAGGCUUAUGAUAUAGAUGGCAACAACUUUGAAGUAGUCUUCAAUUAUGGAGUCUGCAAUUUCUAAUUGAAGAAAUACAAAGAAGCCUUGCAAUUGUUAUAGGAGUCUUAAUAGUUGAGGGAUACUUUGGAAGGUCACUUCAAUCAGGCAAUUUGUUCAUUGUAUUUAAAAAAUUAUGAAUACUCUAAAAAGGAAAUCGAAAUGUAUGUGAUUCAUUAGGAAGAUGACAUGGAGGCUACAAUCAUGUUCAGGGAAUUGUUGAGAAUGCUUCUAGGAGGUACUGAAGAGAUAAGAGAAUUAAUCAUUUUGUUACUCAAUUAACAAUUUGAUGAGGCUUUGAAACAUUUCAAUGCGUCUGUGUCAGGCAAAGGAGAUUAUGCUGAUGGUUUGUAUAAUAAAGGAGUUGCAUUGUGUAAUUUGAAUUAGUAUGAGGAUGCCAUCAGAUAAUUUAAUAAGGCAAUUCAGCUUAAACCUAAGAAUGAGUGCAAAUUCGCAUUUAUCAAUAGGGGAAUAUGCUUGAAAAAUCUAAAGAAAUUUAAUGAAGCCAUACAAAAUUAUGACGAAGCUAUUCAACUUAGUUAAGGAACUGAUGUUGAGGAUAUCUACUACUUUAAAGGUAAUUGCUUAUUGGAAUUGAAUAAGUAUGAAGAUGCUAUUCAAUUAUAUGAUCAAGCCAUUCAACUAGAAAGUGUUUACAGUUCAUCAGCCAAUUUCUAGGAGGGUAUUGCAUACACCAACCUCAAACAUUUUGAUGAUGCCAUUCAAUCAUAUCAACAUGCGAUCGAAUAAAACUCUUAGAAUUCUUGGGCAUAUUUCAAUUUAGGAAUCACCUAUUACAAUCUUGAAAAUUAUGAAUAGGCUUUAAUUCAAUUCACAAGAUCAUUUGAUAUCCAGCCAACAUUCAAGGAUGCUGUAUUCAAUGAGGCAGCUGCCUAUAUCAAAUUAAAAAGAUAUGCUGAAGCCAUCAAUAGUUUAGACAAGUACAAUCAAUUAGAAAGCAAUGAUUACGAGAGUUUCUUCUUAAAAGGAUGUCUACUAAAGCAAUUGAUGAAAUAUGAAGAAGCAUUGGAAUGCUUUUCGAAAGCUGUUCAACAAAAACCAAAUUUCUUUGAAGGCUAAUUCAACAAAGGAGUUGCUCAACUUGAGAGUGGAUUGUCCAAAGAUGCUGUGAUUACAUUCGAUGCUGCAUUCAAAUUAAAGUCGGACUCAGAGAAAUCCCUGAAUAAUAAGGCUGUCUCCUUACUAAAUCUAAGCAAACCUGAAGAAGCGAUUAAGGAAUUAGAGAAGGCUAUUAAAUUAAGUCCCAACAAUCCUACUUUGUUGAAUAACAAAGCAGUCACCUUGAUUGAUCUGAAGAGAUAGGAUGAAGCAUUGACUAUUCUAGAUGAAGUCAUCAAUAUUGAUCCAAAUUUCUUCAAAGCCUACAAUAACAAAGGAACAAUCUAUUUCAAUCAAAAGAACUUAGCCUAAGCCUAGUAAUACUUUUCGAAGGCAGUAGAGAUUAAUCCUGAAUAUGAUUCUGCAAGGAUUAAUUUGAGUAUCACAUUUUAGGAAAUGGGUGAGCAUCAAUAGGCAGUUCAAUAAUGCGAAUUGAUUUCUAAUUUGCAAUGGUUAAAUAGUAAUUCAGAAGCAUUGAUAGCCUUUGCAACUGCCUUGAGGAAUUGCGAUCGCUUUGAAGAGGCAAGAUAAAAAUACGAAGUAUCAUUACAAUUGAAUCCUCGUCACUCAUAAGCCCAAAAUGGAUUGGGAAUUGUAUACUCAAAUAUAGGUUAAUAUGAAGAUGCUCUGAAAUGCUAUGACUAAGCAAUUAAUCUUAACAACAGAUACCCUGAGGCAUUGAAUAAUAAGGGAGUCACUCUCUAUUUGAUGGGAAGGUAUGAUGAAUCAGUUUAAAUGUUGCAAUAAUCUCUUAAGUUGGAAGUCAAGAACGCAUAAACCUUAAAUAAUUUAGGUGCUUCACUUUUUUACUUGAAAAGAUAUGACGAAGCAAAUAAAAUAUUUGAUUAAGCAAUCCAAUAGGAAUGA